AUGUCCCGUCAGAUCGGCACGGCCAACUCUGAUGGCCAUAGCUGCCUGUUCACCAGCCCGGCGGCCAUAUUACACUCCUGCGUCACACCAGAUCGGAACGUUUCAGAAAUUGACAACAACUUCAUUGUUGCACAGUCAUUUGUAUUUUUCUUAGCCGGUUAUGAAACUCCCGGAAAUAUUUUGGCGUGCACUUUGUUUGAAGUGGCAAAACAACCUGCAAUCCAAGAAGCCUUGUAUGAAGAGAUAGAGAGCAUACUUAGUAAAUAUGGUGGCGAAGUAACAUUUGAUGCCUUGCAAGACAUGAAAUAUCUUCGGCAAGUUGUCUCAGAGGCCUUAAGAAAAUAUACACCACUCACACUGAUCUUCCGAAGAUGUACCAAGGAUUACACAAUUCCAGACACCUCUAUAGUGAUAGAGAAGGGAACUCUAGUACUCAUGCCUCUGAGAAGUAUCCACGAGGAUCCUGAUCACUAUCCAAAUCCAGAGGCUUUUGAUCCAGAACGGUUUUCUGAUGAGAAUUCUGCAUCAAGGCACAUAGCUGCUUAUAUGCCUUUUGGGAUUGGUCCACGUUUUUGUCCAGCGGUGUUGUACUCUCACAUCAACAUCCGGACAGCGCUGGUAUUCUUGCUGAGGCAGUUUGAAAUACGUGUCACCAAGGAGACUCCGGAAUAUCUCCAGCCCAAUCCCCUCGCGUUCCUCAUGUCUCCAAAGAAUGGUAUCCCCUUGGCCUUCAAGAAACGCCACUGAUUGUAAAAAAACUGUGUAAUUGCUGCUUCUUGUUUAGCAGUCACACUUUGGAUUACGGACAAGAACUAAAACAUGAUUUGGAAGAUUUUCAAAUGGCUGUA